GCCGCGGCGCAUUGGCCUGAGCGCGUUCCUGUUACAGAGUGGUUUCAGCGGACCACAGAGGCUUCACAUUCCUCUGUAGGCGCGGUGGACUAUCCAGAGACUAUCCAGGUUGUUUCGUGUGGGCUGAAAAAAAAAGGCAGUUUUAACUUCAUAGCAGUGGGCUCAUGUAUGUCCGCUUUAGCGACGGUAGCUACUAGAAGUUAGCCGCAGGUGGAGUGGACUGGGCGGAAAAAAAUGGACCACGGACAGCAAUCAGAGUGUGUACCUGCUCGUUUUCUGGGAGUGUGAGGGACUGAUUGGAGUUUCAUUUCAGUGGGGGGUUUUUCUGGGGGGGCCAUGGCGGGCUGCUGGCCGUGGUGCCGCCGCACCUGCAUGUGCUGCCUGUCCGAGGAGGAGAAGAGGACCAUCGCUGUGGACAAGGAGAUCAAGAGGAUCCUGAAGCAGCAGAAGAAGAAGGAGAGAAGGGAAAUUAAAAUCCUCCUGCUGGGUACUGGAGAGAGUGGGAAAACCACCUUCAUCCGACAGAUGAGGAUCAUCCACGGGCGAGGCUUCUCGGAGGAGGAGAGGAAGGCCUUCUCCAAAUGCAUCUUCCAGAACAUCUUCACGGCCAUGAAGGCCAUGACGGGAGCCAUGACGCUUCUUAAAAUCCCCUACUCCAACCCAGAGAACGAGAUCUACGCCAAGUGGCUGCAGGAAGUAAAUACAGUGCAGGUCACGCAGCUAGAGCGGGGCUACGUUGACGCAGUCCGCCGCCUCUGGGCAGACUGGGGCAUCCGGGUCUGUUACAGCCGUCGCUGCGAGUACCAGCUCCUGGACUCCACAGAGUACUACAUGAGCAACCUGGACCGCAUUGCAGCCCCAGACUACAUACCCACAGAACAGGACGUGCUGCGAGUUCGAUUCCCCACCACGGGCAUCCACGAUUACUCCUUCACAAUCAAAACCAUCACACUCAGGAUUGUGGACGUGGGCGGACAGAAGUCGGAGCGUCGGAAGUGGAUUCACUGUUUCGAAAACGUGACGUCCCUCAUCUUCCUGGCCUCCCUCAGCGAGUACGAUCAGGUCUUGGAGGAGAGAGAAACCAUUAACCGUAUGCAUGAGAGUCUGGCUCUGUUCUACACCACCAUCCAUUCUCCAUGGUUCCUCAACACGUCCAUCAUCCUCUUCCUCAAUAAGACUGACAUCCUGGCUGACAAAGUCCAGACCUCUGACCUGCAGAAGUACUUUCCCGGCUUCACAGGCAAGAGACGAGACCCCGAAGACGCCAAGAACUACAUCUGCAAGUUGUAUGAGCAGCAGGCCAUCAACCGCAACAAGAGGGAAGAGCGGAAGACUCUCUACCCGCACUUCACCUGCGCCACAGACACCAACAACAUCCGCAGAGUCUUCAGCGACGUCAAGGACACGGUGUUGCUCAAGUCUCUCAGGGACUAUGGAGUCAUCUGAACUUUGGCUCAGCGGUGAAAAACAAGAAGAUAGCACUGGCUCUGGUCUCUGUCUGGACUGUUUACUUGUAUGAGUGAAGGACCUGAUGAAGGCCGAAAUGCUGUUUAUUUUUCCAUGUAAAAAAAAAAAAAAAUAAGCCUGGACAAUCACGGCCAUCCUUUAUACUUCUGAGCAGGUGGAGGAAGAAUGAAGAUCGUCAUCGUCACGCACCCGCUCGCUCCUCCUCUCAAGAUAUUCAGUGGAUGUUGGGGGGGUCAUGUGACCUCUGAUCAGAGAGCAAAGAACCAGUAAGCAUCCCAGUUUCUCUCAGCUAACAGCCUCUGGCCAGUUUUAUUCUUUUUUUUCUUUUUAAAAGAUGAAUAAGUGUUUGGGUCAUGCAGCUACUGAAUUGAUCCAUAAUUGAAGCAGGAGUAGAGAUGCUAUGAAGUGCUCUACUGCCAUUAACCGAGUAAUGACUUCUACAAGUGGAGAUGGGGGUCCCGCUUGGUUACACCAACCUGGCACAUUCACUUUAAACGCUUUAUUUGGAUCCACCGGGUUUAUUCAGGUGUAACAAAUGCACACACAGAGACAUUGUAAACAUACUGAGCUGUUUCCAGUUACAAUCCGCUGUGUCUUGUCUCUGUGAUUAAUGUCCCCACAGAGUCUUUGAUUGUUUCACAAACACAGUGUGCCAGAAUCCUUAUUGAUUACAGUUAUCAUCUCACACUGGCAAUAUUUCUCACGUUAUCUUAUUCAGCACAUCUGUUCAGCACAGCCUCUAUCAGUUAUCAAGCAAAGAAGGAUUGUCUGUAUUGAGUCCUUCACAUGGUGCCAUUAUAGCAGUAUGUGCUAGCAUCUUUACGUUAAUAUCUGGUCUGUUUUUCACCGGGCUCCACAGCCAGCAGCCUGCAGUUAGUCAUAAAAAACAGAAUCACAGGGUGGAUGAAAGAAAAGUUUAUGCAGUUUAACAAUACGGAGACCAAACACUUGAAAAAAAAUGGAUGCUUCUAGCUUCUGGUCAAGAGUUUUGCAAAAGCUAAAGCACAAUUUCUUGCAUUUUUUUUUUUUUUUUUUUUACAUUUGUUUUUGUCUGUAAAUAAUGAAUUGGUCAGCAGCAGAAGUUGACGUGUACUGUAAGAACUGGGCCCUGUGUGAAGAGGCAGGCAUCAUGUUGUUUAUUCACCCGUUGUUGACACCCGUCUGUUUUACAGAAGCAUUUUUAUGCAAGACGCUGGAUCCUGACCUGCUCCACUUUUAUGUUUUACCCCAAGUUUAAAAAAAAAUAUAUGUUGAUGGAUGAAAAGGACAAGGCAAAGUCCUGUCCUUUGAAUCUGUUAAUCGUAUCCAAGACAAUCAUCACUGAUGCCUUACUGUUUGGAAAAGAUAAGCACACAAGGAAGAAGAAUCGAUGGUUUAGGUCCAAAACUCUGGGGAAAAAAAGUUCUUUAAAGCAGCUAUUAUCACCAUUGUUAGAUGAACAAUGGAUCACAUGAAGACUUUAUGCAAUGUAUGCCGAGGGCUUUCUCAUUGAUAUGAAUUUCCGUUCUGCAAUGUCAGUGUUUUUGUUGACUCUCAUAGUGUCAUUUCCAGGUGCAACAGGAUGCUGAUUUUUGCAAAAAAGAAAGAAAAAGUUAUUAAAAACCACUGUAUGCUACCUGCUCAGCCUGAACAGCAGACAGAUAAAAUUUGUUUGUAGCUGGUGAACACAGUGCAGCAUUUAGCAGCUUAAAGAGCAAGAUCCUUUCCCUCAGGAGUUGGUAGAGACCAAAAACAGCCAAAAAAAGAAAGAGUGAAUAUGUUCAUCUUGUCUCCAGAAUCACAACUAAAUGAAUGCUAAUGUUGCUCCAUAACUGCUGAAUGUAUUAACUGCUCGCCAACACUCUGCCACAUCAGAUGGAUUAAGAAUAAACUUUAUUCAGAGAUCUCUUAUCAAGGAAAGUACUAAGUGCUUCACAGAAAGUACUGUCAUGUCUAGAGCUCCUUUCCGCUUCCUGCAAGUGCCUAAAAAACAGUUAAAGCCGUUUUAAGUGCCUACAUGUCUUUUUUUUCGGUGUAAUCUGCAAAAUGUACUCUAAUGUUCGAUUUCCACAAAAGCAAAGAGCAACUUCCUGAUAACUUGAAGUUUUCAUAUUGCCAUGUCUUCCUUGAACCCCUGAGUGGUUUGUAGACGAUUCUGAACUGCCGUCGUCUCAGUUCAGUUUUCCUGUCAGCGCAGUUAACACACUUCAUUAAAAUCAAUACCAUAAAUAGGAGCACAAAUCACAGUCGGGGGGGAGGGGCUGACAAGUUUUAAAAGGUCGCGGCUGUAGGAGCUGAGACUUGGUUGACGUUUGAGAAAACAGCUCGAUUCAGACUGUUCAAAUCAACAAUGGUAAAGAAUAUUAAUAGGAGGCGGCCGCGUGCAGUCUCUGAGAGUCCUGCAGCAUUUGUAUCAGUUUGUUGGGAGGGAAAAUCUUAAAAUAUUAAUUAGAAGUGUGAGCCCUACCCCUGUGUGUUUGUCUUGGAGUGUUUGUUAAGUGGAAAAUUACAUUGAAGUGCAUUAAAUUAACUGACCUUAAUGAGAAGUUAACGUUAGCUCACAAUGUGUCUGUUUUGUGAUUCUGGCUGCUGUGGUUUUUUUUGUUUGUUUUGUUUGUUUUUUAAUUGCACAUAAAGUUUUUUGAUCUUUACACACUGCUACACUUUGCAUUCAGAUGUGGGAGCCAUAUUGAUGAAUCUUAUUGAUGCCUUCAAACACAGAUGUUUAGUUUUACUGUACAUUCACUGAUGACGACUACUGUAUCUUUGAUUGACUUUCAACUGUCGUAAUUUUUUUUAUUAUUAUUGUUUACCAACAACACAUGAACUGUGACUAGAGAGAGUGUUUGCUAGUGAACUACUUUCCGAGCAGUGGGAGACCUCCUCUCAUAUGGUGACAGCAAAUUAUUUUGUGUAGACUUGGGUGGAGGAAGUUGGGCAAAUAUAUCUAUUUUUUCUAGUUAAUAUUAAAAACAAACUAUUGAACACACA